CCCUGUCAUUCUUUUAGAAUUUUGUUCCAACUCUUAUUGUUUUAACUUUAAAUGCCUACACCGACAUCCCAAACUAUCGAUUGUAGCGGGCACCGUCUGAUUUCAUUUAUUGUGCAGAAUAUGUACGUAUAACGGGAAUGACUUCGGAGGCAUAUUGGCUGCGCUCUAAGAUGGACCUCUUAGUCUGAGGUAAGGGUUAUUCCGUGACUUUCUGGGUGUGUUAGAUAAUGGACUUCCGAAGGCGUAAAGAGAUCCGGGCACCUUCAUCUGUAAUGAACGACAACACGGAAAUAUCGCUAUAAUCAUUUUUUUUUAAAACUCAUCAACAUACGAGGAGCAUUAGAAUUUUCAAAAACAUGCUUUAAAAUCAAAACAAAUUUACCUUAAGUAUUGUAAAUGUCGUCUGCAAAAUGAAAGAAUGGAGAAAAGCCGUGAGAUAUUGGAAGUUACAAGGAUAGCGUUCCAUGUCAAAGUCCUGUAUGGAUGUUUGAUUGUUCACUUUUCGGUGUCCGUGUUUAUGGCAGUUACCUUGUUCAGAAGUCGGGAUUGUGACCAGACUCCUAACGUCGGGAAUUCCACUGACCAGAAAGGGUUCCAUGCUUCACAUAGGACCAAAAAUACUUAUAGUGAGAAUACAGAAGAAAACCUUCAUUGGGUCCAUCGAUUUCGGAGGUCGUAUUAUCUUCUACAGGACGAAAAUUGUGAAACAUUUCUCCGGGUUUGCCGCAGUUCACUAGGGAACUCUUUCUUAAUAAAAGGUAACAAAGGUGAUCGAGGGUACAAUGGAUUUUCUGGAGCCCCGGGCAAUCCAGGGCAAACUGGACCCAAAGGAGAUAUGGGAAUCCCGGGGCUUGAAGGUCCUAUGGGUCCUAAGGGAGAAGAAGGUCUACCUGGGCUGCGAGGUCUACCUGGAGAGAGAGGACCCCAAGGGGGAGAAGGACGUCCCGGACUUCCAGGAUUAACAGGUGCCAAAGGAGAUAAAGGAAAACAGGGCAUUCUGGGAUUUCCCGGGAAAAUCGGGGAGCCAGGGCCCCGGGGUGACAAGGGAUCUACCGGUGAGAGAGGCCUCAUUGGUCCCAUGGGAUUCGAUGGACCCUCUGGCCCACCUGGUCCAGCCGGACCAAAAGGAUAUAAAGGUGACAAAGGACCAACUGGCAUCAAUGGUUACCCCGGAGACAAAGGAGAGGUUGGUGAGAAAGGCGAGAGAGGUUACCCAGGAUACCCCGGACCAAUGGGGUUACCGGGACCCAAGGGACAAAAGGGAGAAUGUCAAGUUUCAACAAUUAAAAUGGAAAACUUAAGAAUGGGAAAAGUUGCCACGAACCGUCCAGCUCGCACUCCUCCUCAAAGGAAUACAUAUGCAGGGAUUCCGAAUCAAGAGGGCGGCGUGCGAAACGGGGCAGAGUCAAUACUAAACACUAUCUACGUGAUGCUCUAUUCAUUUAUUUUCUUCUAUGCAUUUUGUUGACAUUUAUUCCGCUGAAAUUUUAUUGGAAGGAAUGUACCUCAAAAUCACCAGUGGCCAACAACAAGACUUGAUGAUCAUCUGUAUCCUUAUCCCACAAUCAUUAUGUUGUUUAGUGUUUGUGUGGAAUAGAGCUCAUUCUUUCAAUGAUAUCUCUUCGGAAUACUGCUUUGGAUGGUUGAUAAGGAGUUGAGUGAUUAUGUAAAUGAAUUAAAAUCGUGAUGUUUUCACACUUCUAUAUGCAAAUAUUGAAGUUCCUUUGGUGCAUGCGUGUCUGUCCUUACACUUUGGGUGAAUGGCUUUCGCGAGCGACAUCUCGACUACGCGAUAUCUUCAUUGAUUACAUUAUGUGUUUUCUUAAGAUAACAAAGAGUGCUUUCAAUUCAUCCGAUUCACAGAAAAGUCACGUGAUCUACGAAGUGAGUGUGAUGUUGGUCUCAGAGAAGUACAAAGAUCAUUAUGUUACCUUUGGGAAAUCUAUGUAAAAUGCUUCGAAGAGAUGCUCGUUUUGAUUCGGUAUUACAUUUAUAUUGCAUAAUUUUUAUAUCGUUUAGUUCGGGAGGCAGCUAUAUACAUGUCUUCUAAGAAUUUGAACCAUUUGUGAAUCAUUUACUAUAUGAAUCAUUUACUAUAUAUAUGUUCAUUUAACAGUUUGUAUUAUACUCGUUUUGUUUUGCUUUAAUUGUAAUUAUUGUGGAAGUUUCUUAGCAAUAAUAAAACGUAUUUGAAAUUUACA